CUAACCUCCACAACUCUUCCCCUCCCCCUCCAUCUCCGCCUGCUCAUGUUGACGCCCCUGCAGGUACUACGAGACAGCGAGCGGGAGGAGGAAGAAACAAAAGGCCGUCCUGCCGCGGCGAGGCAACCACCACCACCACCACCACGCCAAUCUGUCGAGACUUCAAUUGGCGAGGACAAAAGUGUAGAGGCAGGAUCUUUGCAGGGCCGUGCGCUCCUGCCCGCGCCGCCGCCGGGAUCGGUGGCCGGAGGAACAAAAGAAGAGCUGCCACGGCAGCGGGCGGCGGCGGAAGCAGAAACAGCAAGGAGGAGGAUAGGCGUCUCAAGGACUGCGGACAAUGCCCCUGUCGCGGCACACGGUCGGGAACGAGUACGCGCUCGGCGGCCGCGACCUCUACCGCACGGCCGACCAGCACGACCCGGAGGCCAUCCUAGAUGGCGUCGCCAUGGCCGGCCUCGUCGGAGUCCUCCGCCAGCUCGGCGACCUCGCGGAAUUUGCUGCACAGGUGUUCCAUGGUCUGUAUGAUGAGGUGAUGAGCACGUCUGCGCGAGGGCACGGGCUCAUGCUCCGAGUGCAGCAGCUGGAGGCAGAGCUGCCACUGCUGGAGAAAGAAUCCUGCCAGAGGGACUACCUGUACGUCGCUUCUAACAGGGGGGUUGAUUGGCAUUCCAAUCCGAGGGUGGAGCAUGGGGUUGUGACAAGAGGCGACACGCCUCGCUUCAUCAUGGCGUCCAUCAAGCAGUGCCGCGGGCCUCCCAAACUGUUCAUGCUUGACAAGUAUGAUAUCGGUGGUGAGGGGGCGUGCUUGAAGAGAUACACCGACCCGUCGUUCUUCAAGACGGAUUCCGCAUGCUCUACCUUGCUGCAGGAAGGGAUUCAAAGUGAGAGAAGACCUCUGAAAGCCAUGGAGAUCAGGCCUAACCUUCAGAAUGGCGAGAUUUUCCGAUCCCCAAAUGCAGCCGACACUGACUCCAGACUGGAGGCUGGUUUGUCUGGCGAAGCUAUGGAAGAAAUUCCCACGAACCGCAGACGACUGAAGUACCGCCAACGAAAUGGAUCUGUAUUCCAAAGCUUCAGUCUACAUAUGCAGAAUCUGUAUGAAAAGGCUUCAUCAGAGGAGAAACCCCCCGCACUUGACCAAUCAGAAGUGCGUGUCUCCGGGAUUGAUUCGCCUCACUCAAACACUGAAGAGAGAGACAUUAUGGUAGACACGUUCAUCAGCAUGGACAAAGUCAAUGCCACUAUUCGCAAGAACAGACCGAUUUCUGAAGAAGCCCUAUCGCGUUCUUCAGAUGCUCGGUCAGCAGGAAGCAGCAAGGGAUACAACUCUGAAGUUGACAUGUACGUAGACGCACUGACCACGAUGGAUUCUGAAGCAGAGACAGACUCAGAGCACAGAGACCAUGGACACCAUGCCUUUGCUCGGAUGGAUUCAGACAAGACAUGCUCCGACGCUCAAAAUGCUAGAUUGUCCAGGUCUAGCAGCUUCGAGAAGAAAGACUGGUCAGAUGUUGCGUCAGGAAACAGAGAUAUGAGUAACCAGCAUGAAGAAGCAGCUAUUGUCUCGACACCACAGAUCAAACCGGUUGUUGGUGAACAUGAGAGGACUAGCUUGUUGGAGGAACUGUUUGAGCGAGAAAAGCCGGCUUCUUGGGAUCACGAGAGGAGUAGUUCCUUGGAGGAAUUGCUCACCGAAGAUUUCCAUGCUUCAGAAUCUGGCGUAAGAGAGCAAGCUACUGAAGAAACAGGCUGCAAUAGCAGCGUCACCAAUGCUGCAUCAAAUGGCACACAAGAUAUUACUAAGAAGAGCAAGGAAGCCAAGGAGAAUUCCAGCAUCGCAACCAUUUCGUUCAAGAAAAUAGCAAGCAAGAGGUCCAAGUAUGUCGGUGGCAUGGAGCUGAUUGCUUCAAAAGUUGGCAUUCUGCCAAGGAAACUCUCCAAGAAGCAUGACCCUUUCUCUGAUUCCCUCCGGACCAUGGCGAAGCAGCUGCUUGAGCUGAAGUAUGAUGGCACUCAAGACAGUGACUUAUAUGACUUCGAAGCAAAUGGCGAGGGAUGCGAUGUCAAGUACCUGGAAAUGUAUGAUUCUCCUCUUGAAAUUAAGGAGAGUGCUGUGCACAAAAUUCCUUCAGACUCACCACAUGAUGAUGUGGGCUCAAGAAGAUGCCAGCAGGAAGAAUUGAACCAUGAGUCAGAGCAUGAUGUUCCACCUACUGACAGUCCACAUGAUUCAGUCCCUGAUGAUGGAAAUGUAUUUCAGGAUUCCAACAUUGUCUCCUUUACAGGCAUCAUCACAUCACCCAGUUCCCAAGAGGAAGAAGGAUGUGUAAGUACUGCACCUGAUGAGCAUUCAUCUACUGAAGUGCUCAACCAUAUCUUGGAACAUGCUCAAGAGAAGUCUGAGGAACAUCCUGACAGGGAAGUGACUGAGGACACUGAUAAUGAUGUCAUUUCAGAAAAUGCUUCUGAUACGGGUGACGACUUGAAAGAAGCCGGCACUUACAUGGAGCUGAUGAAUGUGGAAGAAGUCGAAGAAAGCAAUAAAUUUGAUGCAUAUGUAUUGGAUGAUGAAACUGCUAAGUACAUAGAGGAGCAAGCAAUUUCAGAUGGUAUGAACUCCUCACCGGUUUCAUCCAAACAAUCUGAUGAUCCUUGCCGGAUAACUCCACUAACUCUCUCAGAUGAAGAUGACACGGUGGCAUGUAAGGUCACCGACAGCUACACCCCUGAAGUGGAGCAUAUGACACUGUCAGAAACAUUGACGGAUACUGUUGUAUCUAAGGUAGUAACCGAGUCAGAAAUUGACAGAGAAGAUGCCAUGCCAGAUGAUAAGCAGUACUAUUUACAUCCAGAAUCUACUUUUGGGCAAGACGCAGUUCUCAGCAGCUCCGAAAUUGUUGUAAAAAACGGUCAAGGGCCGCUGCGCAGCUCAUCCAUGGUGGCUGUAACUCCAGAACUAACGGUAAACACCGAGGAAAAUCAUGAAUUGCAUCCAGUUGUGCAUCAAGAAACACCUAAUUCGUGCAACAGCAGAACUGAAGCUUUUGGAGAUCCACCAGCUCCUGACGCCAGAGAUAUUCCUCCACCAAUCAUUUCAAGCUUUGAUUGGAUGCUCAAUGGUGCAAUGCAGCAGUCAUUGAAUGUCCUUCCUGCUCAACCAACUUAUGGAAGUGCACAAGAAACUGGUUCUUCUGAAGAUGCGCCGCCGCUUCCACCUCUUCCACCGGUGCAGUGGCGAACAAACAAGCUUCAGAUGGGGUCAUCACCUUUAUCUGCGAAGAUUGGGCGACCACCAAGGCCAAAACCUCCAGUAAAACACCAAGAAAGCCAAGGGAACUCUUCGCUGGAUAAAAGAAAUGAAAAUGCUGAAAUUCUUCAGGAAAAUAGUCUGCGUAUAGGCUCCAGUUCGCAGAAUGAAAUGUUGCAGGCAAUGGUUCCUGAUGAUCAUGAUUCAAAUCAAUUGCUUAAUCGGGAUUCUCAAGAAAAUCACUGCCAAGAAGGAGAUAAAGAGUAUGGUGUUGAGAUUUCUAAUCUGCUUUCCUCGUCAGAAAGCGAAUGUGUGGCAGAAGUUGCUCCAGUAAGAAGUGAAAAUCUGCACACUUCACAGUUACAUGAGCUUAUAGUUAUUCCUGAAGAAGCAUGGUCAGAUUUUGGUAAUAUAAAAUUUAUACCAGAACAAGAAGGAAAACACCAACUAAGCAAUGGAGUUUAUGAUUGCAGUGGCUUGUACACUGCUGGUUUGUCAGCACAAAAGACAAAAGAUAAGGUUGAAACUGUUAUUGAUUAUAAGGUUAAGGAAUUCUCAGCUGCAGAUGGCAACAAAGUUGCAGAUUUAGGAGAAAACAAGUCAAAUGGUGCUCCUAAACACGAUAAUGUGCUGAAUCCUGACUUGACAGCACAACAGGAAAAAGGUGAGCAUGGUGAUUAUGAUGACAGGGCAAGGGAGUUUUCUUCUGCAUUAGAAGAGGAGCUGGCAAAUUCACCAACUCAUCCGGUGCCAAAACCACCUAGAUAUCCUCUACUUCCCGUUACUUCUCAUGACAGAAGCAUGCUAAGAAAGGCACCAGCUUUGGUUCAACCUUCAAGUAAGCUUUCAGAUGAAAAGAACACAAUUCUGGAGGAGAUAAAGAACAAGUCUUUCAACUUGAAGCCUGUUCUUGCAAAGAGACCAAGUGUGAUGGGUGGUCCAAGAACGAACUUACAAGUGGUGGCCAUCAUCGAGAGAGCCCACGCGAUUCGCCAGGCUGUUGCUGAUGACGAUGACGAGGACAGCUGGAGUGAUGAGUAGCUGGUUCCUCUGAGAAAUCUGGCUCCUGACGAUGCAUGCUUCACAAGUGUUGUGCCGACCCAAGCAUAUCUACUCCUGUUCUUGCAUGGAGCAAACGAUGGAAUGGAGUCAAGGUUUCAUCAUGCCAAAACAUUUGGUCUGGACCAAGCAAAGCUCAUGGCAAGGAUGCCAGGAAAUGGAAAAGCAACGCAGAAGUGUGUGCCUAUCUACUAGUAGUGCCUGUUACGUUCUGAAGCGCGUCAUAUGUUUAUUUAUCUUUUGAUGCGCUAGCUUCCUGAAAAUUUUAUGCUCGGUGAGGAUUGUAUAUUUGUAGUAGGACUAGUCACUAGUGUGUUUUUUUUAAUCUUGAUGAGUGUACAGAAAGAAGCACGAGUGUUGGGCCGUCCUAUAAAAAUGUGAAGCAGCUAGACCAAGCAACUUCAGUGUAUAGAUCCUCUGAAUCAGGCAAUGCCUUAUCUGAGAUUAUGAGGCGAGUUGUAACGGUGCUUCAGUUUGAGGUGCAGCCGUGCAGGAAAUGUGGAUUGUGCAUGAAGAUGCAAUCUUCAAGGAUUGUUUACUUAAA